UGAAUUAGUUCCCAACUCGAAUCAUUGGGGUUAUGUUACAUCAUUCUUGUUACAAGCAUUCAAUAAAUGAUUGUCUGCAAUAAAUAAAUACAAAAUGACGUGCAGAUUGAACAGUCUUUCAGGACUUACCUGUGAAAAAAAUACUGAUUUAAUUAUGGACGAUACGAAGCCAGUGGCUUUGCCACAGAAAAAAUACUAUCGACAACGAGCGCAUUCCAACCCCAUAGCAGAUCAUUGUAUAGAAUACCCAAUUAAACCGGAAUUGGUCGAUUGGAGUCUGCUGUAUCCACCCAAUAGCAUCGACAAACCAGAAGAUGAAAACUCUUCAGGUUCUUCAAGACAAGUGGAAUUCGCAGACAUUGGAUGCGGAUAUGGUGGACUUCUUGUGACAUUAUCUAGAAUGUUUCCAAAAACUCUGAUAUUGGGACUGGAAAUAAGGGUAAAAGUAUCUGAUUACGUGAUGGAUCGUAUUGCAGCUCUGAGGUCGCAGCAUCCUGGAGAAUAUAAUAACAUCGCGUGCUUGAGGACAAAUGCAAUGAAGUAUUUGCCAAAUUACUUUAAAAAAGGUCAGCUGAAGAAGGUAUUCUUCCUCUAUCCAGAUCCUCAUUUCAAGAAAGCUAAACAUAAAUGGAGGAUAAUCAAUAAAACAUUGCUUGCAGAAUAUGCUUAUGUAUUAUCUGAACAAGCACUAGUUUACACGGUUACAGACGUGAAAGAUCUUCAUGAGUGGAUGGUUCAUCAUUUCGUUGAACAUCCUUUGUUCGAGAGGAUUUCUGAUGCAGAGGCUAAUGCAGACCCCAUUGUGCCGAAACUCUAUGAAAGCACUGAAGAAGGACAAAAAGUGACUAGAAAUAAAGGCGAUAAAUUUCUCGCUGUGUUUCGACGAAUCAGAGAUCCGUACGAUUCUGGAAAAAUAUGCGCCGAUCCCCUGUGAAGUUUUGUGAAGAGAUUAAUAAAAAUAACAGAAAUUCAAA